GGCUGUCGGGAUGGCUCCAAAAUGGCCGCACGCUUGGGUUCCGCGCCUGCUGGCGGCCCCGAGCCCCGUUCACUGCCACCUCUGCUGACCGGAGCUGCCAGUCGGCCCGGCGACACCCGGGGCUGUCCCCGCGGGGCGGAAGGCCGCCAUGGCGACCCUGGAAAAGCUGGUGAAGGCCUUGGAGUCCCUCAAGUCCUUCCGGCAACAGCAGCGGCCGCCCCAGCCCCCUCAGCCGGCACCGCCGCCGCCGCGUCAGCCCCCUCAGCCGGUACCGCCGCCGCCUCAGCCCCCUCAGCCCCCUCAGCCCCCUCAGCCGGCACCGCCGCCUCCCCCUCAGCCCCCUCAGCCGGCACCGUCGCCGCCGCCUCAGCCCCCUCAGCUCCCUCAGCCGGCACCGCCGCCUCAGCCCCCUCAGCCGGUGCUGCCGCCGCCUCAGCCGGUACAGCCGCCUCAGCCGUCUCAGCUCCCUCAGCAGGUACCGCCGCCGCCGCCUCAGCCCCCUCAGCUGGUACUGCCGCCGCCUCAGCCGUCUCAGCUCCCUCAGCCGGUACCGCCGCCGCCGCUCCCGCCGCUCCCGCCGCUCGCCCCGCCGUGGCCCAGGAGCCGCUGCACAGACGGAAGAUUAAAAUGCAUGUUCAUAACAUCAAGAAAAUCACAAGCAUUUACGAUGUAAUCAGAACUAUCUGAGGAGCUGUGAAAUCUGACAGGUGUGUUAUUCUGGGAGGUCAUCAGGACUCCUGGCUAUUUGGAGGUAUUGACCCAACCAGUGGAGCUGCCGGUUUGUAAGAAGUUGUCUAGAAUUUUGGAGAACUGAUUAGUAGAGGCUGGAGACCGAGAAGAACUACCAUGUUUGCCAGCUGGGAUGAAGAAGAAUUUGGACUUCUGGGUUCCACAAAUGGGCUGAGGAGAAUGUGAAAACACUCCAGGAGAGAGGGGUUGCAUAUAUCAAUGCAAACUCAUCCACAGAAGGCAAUUAUACUCUCAGAGUUGACUGUACACCCCUUCUUUUCCAGUUGGUAUAUAAACUGACAAAAGAGUGGAGGAAUCAGACAUCAUUCAUCUGGAGAAAUGCUAUUGGUUGCUGAAGGCUCAAUCGGGAACUGGAUGAUUUGAUUUAGAGACAUUUGGCCCAUUGGUUUCACCACCAAUUCGUCCAUCUCUGAGUGAAGGUUUAUUUAAUGCCUUUGGUGAAAAUCAUGACAGCCACAUAGAUUUUAAGGAGAUAUUCUGUUGGUUAUCAGCCUGUUGCAGAGGACCUCUGGCUGAAAGACAGAAAUUUUGCUUCAAGGUAUUUGACAUUGACGGUGAUGGAGUUCUCUCUAAGGUUGAACUGAGAGACACGUGGUUGCACAUUUAGAGGUCUGGAUGGACAACAGCACCGAUCAUAUCCUGGAAUUACAUGUGGAUCUAUCCAACAUUGUAGAAGACACAUUGAAUGUGCAUGACACCACAAAGGUGGUCAAGAAUAAUAAGACAGAAACCCCAGAGUUGGAAUUAUUUCCUCAGUAUCUUCUCUUCCUGUGACAGCAGCCUGCCACUUGGACACAGCAGUCUAACAUCUGGAUGAAUAUGGGUAUGAUGUUCCUGAGAAUGUUUCCUCAACAUUUACCAAGAGAAUUGCCUCACUCUUCUGGAUGAUGCGGAUCAUAGAUUGGAAUAUCUGAAAAUCCAGGAUGAGCAGCACCUGGUAAUUGAAGUUUGAAAUAAAGAUAUGAGUUGGCCUGAGGAAAUGUCCUUUAUAGCAAACAGUAGUAAAAUAGAUAGACACAAGCAGAAGGGAACCAAGGAUCUGAGUAACCUGGGAAACACAUACUUCAUGGAUUCAAGCAUCCAGUGUAUUAGUUCAUACAGCCACUGACACAGUAUUUUCUCUCAGGGAGACGUCUUUAUGAACUCAACAGGUAAUUUUCUUGAGUCAUUGACCUCUCAACUGUUGCGAAUUUGUUAUAAACCCAAUAUUACCUAAAUCUCCUCUUUCUUCACCCUGGGAGAGAAAAGUCUUAAUCUUAUUGGCUCUAUUUAGCAUGAAGGACCAAGAGUUACUACUCUCAUUUUGAAAAGAUAUUUUGAUGUGAGAAAACAGAUGCUAGGUAUUUUUCUGCCCAUGUGAUUGUAAUUUAAAAAUCUUUGGCAACAAAUUUUCUUCUCAAACUUCUAGGACAAAUCCCAUUGGUAUGAAGGGGCAUAUGGCUAAAUGCUAUGGGGAUUUAGUACAGGAGCUUUGGAGUGGAACUCAAAAGAAUGUCACCCCAUGAAAGCUUCAGAUGAGCAUGUUAAAGUAAUAUAAAGUGGACCAUAGCAACAUAUGCUCCCCAAUUUAAUGGGUUCCAGCAACAGGACUCCCAGGAACUUCUGGCUUUUCUCUUGGAUGGUCUUCAUGAAGAUCUCAUCUGAGUGCAUGAGAAGCCAUACGUGGAGCUGAAGGGCAGUGAUGGCCAACCAGACUGGGGUGUAGCUGCAGAGUGUGUAUUGCCUUGGAUGAUGAAACAGUCACCUGUCAGGUCCCUCUGUGUGAAGAUCUGAGAUGUCUGCUGUCUGGUCCUGAUCAUCCUGAUGCUGCCAACAAUCCAAGAUCUAAGUAUUUUCUUGCCUGGGGAGCUGAGGCAUUCACUUCUGGUCAGCAUUACUGGGAGGUGGCAGACUGUGAUAACUUGACAAUUGGGGUUUGUAAUGAUUCUCGGACAAGGAAGAAUGACAUGGUGGUUGACUUGGAGGGAAUUUUUCUCCUUUUUUGUAUCAAAGAGAACAAUCAGUGCUGUCUCUUUACCUCCUCCCCACCAUUACCUCAGUAUUUACCUCAAUAUGUCAAAAGGCCUCUCGGCCACACAGGGUGCUCCUAGAUUAUGAAGGUGGUGUGGUAAGCUUUGUCAAUGUGGCCAGCAGUUCCCUCAUUUGUAGUUUUCUCAUGCUCCUUAUCUCCUCUGAAGCCUUUUCUUUGCUCUGGACACCCAUGAUCAGGGGCAAGUGAGAAAUCUGACCACAGGCAUCAGGAAUGUCAAUGACUGAGAUCACUAAGUUAGUGCCUGCCUGAUUUUCUUUAACUUCACCUUCCUUUGUGAAAUGUAUUGAUUGAUUUUAAAGGGUUGAUAUGUUAAUUGUUUAAAUUCCAUUUUCUUUAAAUAAAAAUAAUAUCUCUUGAAA